AUGGACAAGGCAAAGCUUUCUAUUGAUACGACCCUGGAACAGCUUGUGGGUUUGGUUUUCUUAGGUAGCGCCAACCCAACCUUAACCUUUUCUGAUAAAGAACUACCGCCAGAAGGCUCUGCACAUAACAAACCCUUGUACAUAUAUGUUGAGUGCAAAGAAAAAUGGGUACCAGUGGUGUUAGUAGACACUAGUUCGGCUAUCAAUGUCUGUCCAUCUCACACAGCUUAUGCCAUAGGCUUAAAACCAGUGGAUUUCAUACCUAUAACCCAAGUGAUUCGGGCAUAUGACAAUACAAGUAGGGAAGUGAUGGGCACGGUACAGAUCCGAGUUCAGGUUGGCCAAGGUCAACAGGACGUCAAGUUCCAUAUCCUAGAUGUCCCGGCCACUUUUAACUUACUACCGGGAAGACCCUGGCUACUCCUUGUGAAGGCAAUCUCUUCUACUCUCCACCAAAUGCUGAAAUACCCUCAUGGAAAGAGGGUAGCAACUGUCUUCGGGAAUUCAUCCAUUCAUCCACCACCAAAGGUAACCACAUCAGUGUUGGAAAUUGGCCAUGGCGAGGAAGAUGUAUUUCUCUCAGGGUUUAGUCUAGCUGAGGCCCGAGUAGUACAGAACAUUUUGGCAACAAAUGAGGGGAUUUAUGGUUUUGAUUUGAAUGUUGAUUUGAAUGUUACUUCUUCUUCCCCACCUGUUGAUUUGAAUGUUGCUCCUGAUUGCCCUUGA